AAAAUUUCUGGCACCUGGAGCCCGGAGAUGGGGUGGAUGGAAUGUGAGGACCCAGCUUCCUGAGGCUGGGCCGGGGCAGAGUCACUGCUUUGGAUGUCCGCAGGGCCUGCUUGUGUCUUGACUACUCUGCCUUUGUAGACAGCUGGAGAAUGUGAGAAUGGGAUUGGGAUCGGACUCUAGGGGCCAUUCCGUACAACUCUCCUGCCCUGCCGUGGGGGAGGGAGUUGCCCAAGGUUACGCAGCAAGUUAGUGGCAAAUGAAUACGAUUAUCACCAGUGUCAGGUAUAUGGCCAUUUGAUGGGCGCAGUCGCAGCCUCAGUUCCUGAGACAGAGACACCUGAUUAAGGACAGGCCUUCAGGAGCUGACCCUAGUGACCCGCGGCUCUGCUGCUGUCUCUGUUUUUCUCCCUGGCUUUUCCAUCUGACUGACUCUUUGUCUUCUUUGUCUGCCUGCCUGUCUCCGUCUCUGCCCACUGGGGGGUUUGCUCAACUCCCUCACUGGGUCCUGGGAGCCGCAGUUUCCUGCUGUCACUCCUCAGGGAUUUGUAGCUCUCUGAAGCUCUUUUCCGACCCGUUGUCUCGGUUCCACUCUUGGGAUCCAGAGGAGAGGUGAUUAUUUCGUAGCAUAGUCAGUGGUGUGAUUUCACGGGGUGAGAAGGACUCCCUUGCUCCUAAGCACUCCUCCAGUGACCCCUGUUGCCAUGUGGUAGCCGUAAGCACUGGUUGGCACCUGGUGUGGGCGAGACCCUUACCUCAUGCAGAAAUGAGUAAGACCGGUGAGCUCACCAUAUGGGGGUGAGGCUGAGAGAAAACAAGUACACAAGUGAUUCAGUCAAAAUCAGAAUGCUCUAAGUACACACAAAAAGGGCAAAAGGGGCGCUUUGUACAGGACAGAACAAGUAGACACUGAAUCCGGUUGGGCCCUGGGAAGGCUCCCUGCAGUGGCCUUUGAAGGGUGGGUUGGAUUUCAGCAGGAUAGAGGGCAUGGGCAUGUGUGGGCACGUUCUGAACAGAGGGGUCAGCGCAAGCCGAGGGUCUUGGCCACACUAGUUGCAUGUGCCGGUGUGUUUAAGGGACACGCAGCAGCAGGCCGAGUCUGGAGCGCCUCACUGCCAGGCUUUUUAAAAUUUUUAAAUUUAAAUUUAAUUUAAUUUUAUUUUUACUUUAAGUUCUGGCAUACAUGUGCAGAAUGUGGUUUGUUACAUAGGUAUACAUGUGCCAUGGUGGUUUGCUGCACCUAUCAACCCAUCAUCUAGGUUUUAAGCCCCGCAUGCAUCAGGUAUUAGUCCUAAUGCUCUCCCUCCCCUUGCCCCCAUCCUUCUCCCCGCAACUGCUCACAGGCCCUGGUAUGUGGUGUUCCCUUCCCUGUGUCCAUAUGUUCUCAUUGUUCAACUCCCACUUAUGAGUGAGAACAUACCGCCUGGCUUUAAGGGACAGCCAUGGGGAUGCACUGCAGUUUCUGAGUAGGGAAGGCCCUGUGGAGGCCCUUAGUUAAAAGGAAAGAAUGGCUGUGAAAAUCGAUGCAUUGCGCUCCCUUGUCCCUCACCCUCAGUGUGAAGGGUUUUUAUUCCGAGUUCUACUUGAAGUAGGCCUCGAUGGGAAGACAAGUAGCAUGAGGGGUUCAAGUACUGAGGGGAGCAAGGGACACUCGGUGGCUGUGCCAAGGUGUAGAAGAGGACACUGGGGGCCCCAAGGCCUGACUUCAUGUACACUGCUCAGGCUGGCCCCCAAGUCACACGGUGACCGCCAGGAAGGGACCAGCCUGUUCUCAGUCUGAUCCUCCUGCCAUGUCAUUAUCCAAAGCUCCUCCUGGCAGGGCCUGUUUGGGGUCUCUGUGCCAGUGCUUUCCCUGCCAGGCUGGGCUGGGGCUUCCACCUACUGCUCUGGGACUGCUGCUGCCCUGGCCCUGGGGGAGGAGGGUGUGCCGCUGAGUCACUGCCUGGGCAUCUGGGCCUGGAACCUCGGCCACAGAUCCAUGAUGUGCAGUUCCCUGGAGCAGGCGCUGGCUGUGCUGGUCACUACCUUCCACAAGUACUCCUGCCAAGAGGGCGACAAGUUCAAGCUGAGUAAAGGGGAAAUGAAGGAACUUCUGCACAAGGAGCUGCCCAGCUUUGUGGGGGAGAAAGUGGAUGAGGAGGGGCUGAAGAAGCUGAUGGGCAACCUGGAUGAGAACAGUGACCAGCAGGUGGACUUCCAGGAGUAUGCUGUUUUCCUGGCGCUCAUCACUGUCAUGUGCAAUGACUUCUUCCAGGGCUGCCCAGACCGACCCUGAAGCAGAACUCUUGACUCCCUGCCAUGGAUCUCUUGGGCCCAGGACUCUCGAUGCCUUUGAGUUUUGUAUUCAAUAAACUUUUUUUGUCUGUUGAUAAUAUUUUAAUUGCUCAGUGACGUUCCAUAACCCGUCUGGCUCAGCUGGAGUGCUGGGAGAUGAGGGCCUCCUGGAUCCUGCUCCCUUCUGGGCUCUGACUCUCCUGGAAAUCUCUCCAAGGCCAGAGCUAUGCUUUAGGUCUCAAUUUUGGAAUUUCAAACACCAGCAAAAAAUUGGAAAUCGAGAUAGGUUGCUGACUUUUAUUUUGUCAAAUAAAGAUAUUAAAAAAGGCAAA